AUGUUUUCAUCCGUCGCACAGGAAUUACUGCAGCUAUAUUUUGCCAGCUUUAAACAAACACAGAAGUUCCUAUGCGUUACUCAUUUCAUAAAUACUGCACAAUCUCUGUUGUCGGAAACAACUUUGAAUGGAGGACGAUUGUGCCGUAGAAGGGAUGGAACAUACUACCUCGACGCGCAAGAAAUACCAGCGGAACUGCUUCACAGUCUAAAUACUGCAAUCACCUUUUUUGCAGAUGAUAUCGUGGUGAGCAGCGUAGAAGUUAACAACUACCUCAACUUCUACAUGAAGAGAUUCUUCAACAGCAAGGGCUACUGGACUGUCCCACCAUCUCACCAAGAGGCGGUGGCCGAACUAGAGGCAAUCAUGGAGGAGCCCCAGGAGGAGGCAGUGGAACCGCCAACUCCCGGUCGCGCUCAUGAGAAUGUAGAACAGUCCCCGUUCAACACACCGCUGCUUAAAAAAGGAGAUUCAACAUCCUCCAAGGCCACGACUGGUUCCUUGUAUUCACCAGGAAGGGAUGAGAGUUCAGAUAGUGAAGAUGAUGAAGAAGAAGACCAGCUUCUACUGAAGGAGACGGACCCGCAUUUACUAGACGCUUAUUUCCUUGUUCAAGGGAAAAAGCUUCUUGAGCUGCUUCAAAUCAACAUGUCUGGCUCUGAGAAUAACGCGAAAAGAAUGCGCUUGACGAGGAAGGCUUCCUGUCCCAUCAUUGUUUACGUGACAGAAGGUCCCAGACCGGAAAAGAAGAGAUGGGAAGGACAAGAUAAGCUGAGCGCUCGCAAAAACGACAAGCAGUUCGUUGGAAACAUCCUGACAUGUACUGCUGCGGUCACCACCGGUGUCAGGAUGAAUAAGCUCAUACAAUGGGCGGGAGAGUUUGGACUAGCUCUUCCUUCCCAGUCGACCUUCAAUCGAAUUUUUUAUGAAAUGCGCCCCUCGAUAAACACCGUCUAUCAGAAACAUCAGGACAGUACUUUACAGCGCAUAAAAGCCGCAUACGAGCGCGAAGGGGAGCCCACACCGUGGGAUAUCGCGGUAGACGGAGCAUACGACUCCAGGGGAUUCAGUGCAGAGUUCUGCAAAGUUUUGGCUGUAGACAUGAAGACAAAACUCUGCAUUCACACUGAAGUAGUGGAGCGCCGUCAAACAGGUGGGAAGAGCGGACUGAUGGAAAAAUUGGGGUUCCACAAUAUGUUGCGAUGGUUCCGGUCUCAACGUAUUCCCAUACGUUCAGUGUCAACUGACCGUAACCUUAUGUACCAAAAGGAGAUAGGGGACUAUAACACAGAAUUUGGUGAGAACGUAAGGUGGUACUUGGAUCCCUGGCAUCUGGCUAGGCGACUCGAGAAGCAACUCAGGGCGGCAUCCAUGCGGAGUCAAUGCGAGAGUAUACGAGACUGGGCGGAUGAUCUGAAGACCCAUCUAUACAUUGCCAUAAAAGAAGGAGCAGAAGCUGGAAGUGGCGACCGCAUAAAGCAUGUUUUCAACAGCUGUUUGAAACAUGUUGCCGAUGUUCAUGAGUGGACGGAGGAUAGCAAUACGGGACCAGUAAAAAAGUGCUUGCACAAGCCGAUAGCUCCGAAUGAAGAGAGAGGGAAACGAACAAUCUCCACUGGAAGUGUAGCUCACGAAAAACUAAAAGAGAUAGUGCUCCAAUCAACUUUUCAAAAUGAUAUCAUGAUCGCGAGCCCCUAUGGUGACACAAGCCAGUGUGAGACAAAGAAUUCUGUUGACAGACUUUACUGUCCAAAAGAGCUUUUCUUACCACGAACGACUUACCCCCUUUAUGUAAAGAUGGCUACUUUACAUUUGAAUGCUCUCCGAGAGGCUGAGUUGAACGGGGAAAGGGUAGUGGAAUCCAGGACACGGAUCAAGCGGAAGUUCAAAGAAAGAACAAGUGAAUUAAAGAAAAAGACGCCCAUACAACACCUAUGGAGGAAAGAAGUCCACUUGUCAUACGUUUCGACGAAACUAUCGCGACAAACAUCAUACGGCGAGAUGAUGGACACGACGUAA